AAAUGUUCGGAAGUCGCCCUCAGUCAUUGCUCCUCACUCCAUCGACACGGGUGAUCGUGGGCAACAGGCCAAUUUAUUCCACUUUCGCCCUGUUAUAUACACUCUCUGUCUGUGACUGUAUCGAAAGCAGUCCGUCCACAUAACUACCACAUACAUCGAGAUAUAGUACUCGAAUAAGCCUGUGAAGUUCAAGUGCUGAUCGCUAAGCCAUCACAUUCGAAGGCAACAUGGUGUCCAAAGUCAGAAAAGAGACCUCCAAGCUGGGCCAUCAAGUGGAGGCAAUUUUGGCCGAGCGGAUCAUGGUGAUCGAUGGAGCCAUGGGCACCAUGAUCCAACGCCACGAGCUCUCCGAGGAAGAUUAUCGCGGCCAAGAGUUCAAGGACUUCCAUAAGCCCUUGCAAGGCAACAACGACCUCCUCUCCGUGACCCAACCCGACAUCAUUUACGACAUCCACAAACAGUAUUUCGAAGCGGGAGCCGACUUCUGCGAGACCAACACGUUCUCGGGAACGUGGAUCGCCCAAUCCGAUUAUGCUCUCGAGGAUCUGGUCUACCGGAUUAACUAUGAGUCGGCACAGAUCGCAAAGAGAGCAGCGGAGGAUGUGACCAAGGCCACGGGCGUGCAACGUUUCGUGUGUGGAGCCAUGGGUCCCACCAAUCGAACCCUGUCCAUUUCGCCCUCCGUGGAAAAUCCCGAUUUUAGAAACAUCACUUAUGAUGAAGUGGUUGAUGCUUACACGAAGCAAGCUCGCGCUCUCUUGGAUGGUGGAGUGGACCUGAUCCUGGUGGAAACCAUCUUCGACACCUUGAACUCGAAAGCAGCUCUCUUUGCCAUCCAACAGCUCUUUGCCAACGAAUACGAACCCGUGCCCAUUUUGGUCUCGGGCACCAUCGUCGACAAAAGUGGACGCACGCUUUCCGGUCAAACCGGCGAGGCCUUUGUCACUUCCGUGUCUCACGCCCAACCCUUAUGUAUCGGAUUGAAUUGCGCCCUCGGAGCCGACGAAAUGAGACCGUUCAUCCAAGCCAUUGGCGAGGCCGCCGAAAGUUACGUCAUCUGUUAUCCGAAUGCUGGUUUACCCAAUACUUUUGGGGGCUACGAUGAAAUGCCCGAAACCACUGGGAAGAAUGUGAAAGACUUUGCCGAGUCCGGUUUCCUCAACAUUGUGGGCGGAUGUUGCGGAACGACUCCGGAUCACAUUCGAGCCGUGGCCAAGGCUGUCAAAGGAGUCCGACCUCGUGAGAGGAAGCAAGGGUUGUAUGACGGAAAGUUGUGUCUCUCCGGAUUGGAACCCAUGAACAUCACACCCGAGACGAAUUUUGUCAAUAUUGGAGAGCGUUGCAAUGUGGCUGGCUCCCGAAAAUUCGCUCGCCUCAUCAAAGAAGGCAAAUAUGACGAGGCUUUGGAGAUUGCCAAACUUCAGGUGGAAAACGGAGCCCAAGUGCUGGAUAUCAACAUGGACGAGGGCAUGUUGGAUGGGGUGGCGGCCAUGACCAAGUUUUGCAAUCUCAUCGCGUCCGAACCGGAUAUUGCCAAAGUGCCGUUGUGCAUUGAUUCUUCGGACUUCCGCGUGAUUGAAGCCGGUUUGAAGUGCUCCCAAGGGAAAUGCAUCGUGAACUCGAUCUCGUUAAAGGAAGGCGAAGAGGAUUUCAUCAAAAAGGCCACCAUUAUCAAACGUCAUGGCGCGGCUGUGGUGGUCAUGGCCUUUGACGAGCAAGGCCAGGCUGCUGAGGAGGACCCGAAAGUGGCCAUUUGUGAGCGAUCGUUCAAGAUUCUCACCGAACGAGUCGGAUUCAAUCCCAACGACAUCAUUUUCGACCCGAAUAUCUUGACAAUCGCCACGGGCAUGUCCGAGCAUGACAACUACGGUCGAGAUUUCAUCGGUGCCACUAAGCGAAUCAAGGAGCGAUGCCCAGGAUGUCGAAUCAGUGGAGGCGUGUCCAAUUUCUCGUUCUCCUUCCGAGGCAAAGAGCAAAUUCGAGAAGCCAUGCACUCGGUGUUCCUCUACCAUGCUAUCAAAGCGGGCAUGGACAUGGGGAUUGUGAAUGCCGGAUGCUUACCCGUCUACGAUGAUAUCGAUAAAGAGCUCUUGGAGCUGAGCGAGAAUCUCCUAUGGAACAAGGAUCCCGAAGGGACUGAGAAACUCUUGGCCUAUGCAGAUCGGACCAAAGGGGGCGCCAAAGAGGCCGUGGGCAAAGCCGACGAAUGGCGGUCCUUGAAUGUGGAAGAGAGGCUGGCCCACUCUUUGGUCAAGGGCAUUGAUGCGUUUGUGGUGAGUGACACCGAGGAAGCUCGCCAAAACCAGGAGCGAUACCCGCGCCCAUUGAACGUGAUUGAGGGUCCUCUUAUGACGGGCAUGUCCACCGUGGGCGAUCUCUUCGGUGCGGGCAAGAUGUUCCUGCCGCAAGUGAUCAAGUCUGCCCGUGUCAUGAAAAAAGCCGUGGCCCAUUUGAUUCCAUUCAUGGAGGAAGAGCGAUUGGCCAAUCAGGUAGAGGGCGAGGAAGAGACCUCUCGAUACAAUGGAACCGUGGUUCUGGCCACGGUCAAGGGCGAUGUCCACGACAUUGGCAAGAACAUUGUCGGGGUGGUUUUGGGUUGUAACAACUUCAAAGUCAUCGAUUUGGGGGUGAUGGUGCCUUGCGAUGUGAUCUUGAAGGCGUGUAUCACGCAUAAGGCCCAAAUUCUGGGUCUCUCCGGGUUGAUUACACCUUCCUUGUCGGAGAUGGUUCAUGUAGCCAAAGAGAUGGAACGAAUCAAUUUCCAAAUCCCACUUCUGAUUGGCGGAGCCACCACCUCGAAACAACACACGGCAGUGAAGAUUGCCCCGAAGUAUACCAAUCCAACCGUGCACGUGUUGGAUGCCUCACGGAGUGUUGUUGUGUGUUCCAGUUUGUUGGACCAAGAAUGUAGAGAUGAAUACAUUGAGGAAGUGUCCGAGGAAUACGAGGACAUUCGUGAUGACCAUUAUGACAAUCUCAAGGAUCGCAAGUUUCUCUCUCUGGACAACGCCAAGGCUAAGGCCCUUAAGCUGGAUUGGAGCGACUUUGAGCCCACCAGGCCCACGUUCUUGGGUACCAAAGUCUACAAGAACUUCUCUUUGGAUGAGCUUCUCCCGUUCAUCGAUUGGAAGCCUUUCUUUGAUGUCUGGCAACUCCGAGGAAAAUACCCUAAUGGAAGAUUCCCCAAGAUUUUCAACGACCCCACUGUUGGGAUGGAGGCCAAGAAGAUCUAUGACGAGGCUCAAUUGAUGCUAAAAGAAAUGACCAAGAACAAGAGCCUCGAGGCUCGAGGGAUUGUGGGUUUUUAUCCGGCUCAAGCCCAGGGUGAGGAUAUCCUUGUGUUCGAGAACGAAGGCGACACGAAUCCCAAAUGGACCUUGUUCGGCCUUCGACAACAAGCGGCGACAGAUGCUCAGGAAACUUAUUAUAACAUGUCAGACUUCAUUGCUCCCCGCGACUCUGGGAAACGGGAUUACAUCGGAAUGUUCGCCGUUUCGGCUGGAUUUGGCUGUGAGGAAUUAUGCAAAAAUUUCGAGGCCAACAAUGACGACUACAAUUCGAUCAUGGCUAGUGCCUUAGCUGAUCGUUUGAGUGAGGCUUUCGCCGAAUGCCUUCAUCGCAUGGUUCGAAUCGACCUCUGGGGCUACUCCAAGUACGAGGAUCUCUCGGCCGAGGACAUGCUCAAGAUCAAGUAUGACGGCAUUCGUCCAGCCCCUGGCUAUCCCACCCAGCCUGAUCACACCGAAAAACGGACCAUGUGGGAAAUGAUGCAGGUCAAAGAAAAGACGGAUAUUGGUCUGACAGAGUCGUUGGCCAUGCUGCCGGCGGCCUCGGUAUCUGGCCUCUACUUUGCUCAUCCCAAAUCCAGAUAUUUUGCCGUGGGAAAAAUUCAAAAGGACCAGGUGACCGAUUACUCUCAGAGAAAGGGUAUCGACAUUGAGGAGGCCGAGAAAUGGUUGUCCGUAAAUCUCGCUUACGAUGCUUGAAGCCCAUUCCAAAUCCGGCGACACUUUCCAACAAAGAACUACCCUAAUUUUGCACCCUUCAUCAAUGACAAUUUGGUACGUGUUUUGUACGGUAUUUACAAACGUCUGUUUUUGUAAUAAACUUCAACGAUGAAACAUAA